GGCGGGCGCAGGCCCGGGCGGCGGCGGCGGCGGCGCGAUGUUCGUGCAGGAGGAGAAGAUCUUCGCGGGCAAGGUGCUUCGGCUACACAUCUGCGCGGCCGAUGGCACCGAGUGGCUGGAGGAGACGACCGAGGACACCUCGGUGGAGAAGCUCAAGGAGCGCUGCCUCAAGCACUGUGCCCAUGGGAACUUAGAAGACCCCAAGAGUGUGACCCACCAUAAGUUAAUACAUGCUGCUUCAGAGAGGGUGCUGACUGACACCAAAACCAUCUUGGAUGAGAACAUUCAGGACCAAGAUGUCCUUUUGUUGAUAAAAAAGCGUGCUCCGUCUCCACUGCCUAAGAUGGCUGAGGUCUCAGCAGAAGAAAAGAAGAAACAGGAGCAAAAGGCUCCAGACAAAGAUGCCAUCCUCCGGGCAACAGCCAACCUGCCUGCCUGCAGCACAGAUAGAGCCGCCGUCCAGACUACUAUGCGAGAUUUCCAGACAGAACUCCGGAAAAUCUUGGUGUCUCUCAUUGAGGUGGCCCAGAAGCUGUUAGCCCUGAACCCUGACGCAGUUGAAUUGUUUAAGAAGGCAAAUGCUAUGCUGGAUGAAGAUGAGGAUGAGCGGGUGGACGAGGCUGCCCUGCGGCAGCUCACAGAGAUGGGCUUUCCCGAAAGCAGAGCUUCAAAGGCCCUUCGGCUCAACCACAUGUCGGUGCCUCAGGCCAUGGAGUGGUUAAUUGAGCAUGCAGAAGACCCAACCAUUGACACACCUCUUCCAGGCCAGGUCCCACCCAGGGCAGGUGCUGCAACUGAUGCCCCUGAGGCUGCUGUGGGGACUAGUGCUGGUGAGGAGGAGGCCCGCGAUGAACUGACGGAGAUCUUCAAGAAAAUCCGCAGGAAAAGGGAAUUCCGCGCUGAUGCAAGGGCUGUCGUCUCAUUGAUGGAGAUGGGCUUUGAUGAGAAGGAAGUGAUUGAUGCCCUCCGCGUGAACAACAACCAGCAGAAUGCCGCUUGUGAGUGGCUGCUGGGAGACCGGAAGCCAUCCCCCGAGGAGCUGGACCAGGGCAUCGACCCCAAUAGCCCUCUCUUUCAGGCCAUUCUGGACAACCCCGUGGUGCAGCUAGGUCUGACCAACCCUAAGACAUUGCUAGCAUUUGAAGACAUGUUGGAGAACCCACUUAAUAGCACCCAGUGGAUGAAUGACCCAGAGACCGGUCCAGUCAUGCUGCAGAUCUCUAGAAUCUUCCAGACGCUGAACCGCACGUAGGCCGUGCCUCCAUUUCCCUUGGCUGUGCAGCUAUAGCGGCCUCCCCAGCGCUGGGCAGAGGCCUAGCCGAGAUCUGCCCAGAAGCCACCUUCAGCACUGGGCUGGAUUGCAGCUGCAACGGCUUGCCCUCCCCGACCUUACUGCUUAUCAGCUUUUGCAACAGUGGUAAGGCCGCAGUCCUAGCUUCUGACAGGUGUUUACAGAAAGUGGCUGUUGCACUGGGAAGGUGAGAGAUCACCACCCCUUUCCCUCCAGAUGCUCGCUGGCUCCUGAAGUGCUACUUGAAUUGACCUUUAGGCAUUGCUUGUGGAGCCCAGUGUUAUUUGAAAGAAGGCAUGUUCCAAUCCAAAGUGUUAUGUCAAGUGUGCUAAUUUAACCAGAGUGACUCACAAAUGACUUCUUUAAUAAACAAACCCUUUUCCUA